AAACAUCACGAGACCUCGGGUAUCGUCUGCAAUUGCCGAAGCAUGCAGUCACACGGCUAGAGUCACAACGCUUCAGAAAAUAUCUUUACACUGUUCGGGACACAAAUAGCUUGAGUCAUGGCGGUGUUCGGGGUGGUGGCAAUCUUCCUCCUUGUUAUAUCGGGUAGCUGGGGUCGCUAUGACCCAACGUGGGCGUCGCUGGACACCCGGCCCCUCCCGGUGUGGUAUGACGAGGCCAAACUAGGUAUUUUUAUUCACUGGGGGGUAUUUUCCGUGCCCAGCUACAACAACGAGUGGUUCUGGUAUCAGUGGAAGGGGUCAAAGGUGAAGAAUGUUGUUCAAUACAUGGAGGACAAUUUCAGACCAGAUUUCACUUAUGCAGAUUUUGCUCGGGGAUUUACAACCGAGUUUUUCGAUCCUGCGGAGUGGGCAGACAUUAUUCAAGCUUCCGGUGCAAAAUACGUGGUGCUGACCAGCAAGCAUCAUGAAGGCUUCACCAACUGGCCGUCCAAGUACUCCUUCAACUGGAACUCCAUGGACGUCGGACCCAACAGGGAUCUUGUGGGUGAACUGGCAGCAGCCAUCAGACAGAAGACCAAGAUCAGGUUCGGGCUGUACCACUCCCUGUUUGAGUGGUUCCAUCCUCUGUAUCUCCAAGACAAGGCCAACAACUUCACCACCAACAACUUUGUCAAGUUCAAGACGAUGCCCGAGUUGUACGAGAUUGUGAACGCCUACAAGCCCGAGGUGAUCUGGUCUGACGGUGACUGGGAUGCCCCUGACACAUACUGGCAAUCUAAGGAGUUCAUUGCCUGGCUGUACAAUGACAGCCCAGUGCGGGAUUCUGUGGUGACCAACGACAGAUGGGGAAACGGGAUCAUGUGCCACCAUGGCGGCUUUCUCACCUGCUCAGACCGGUAUAAUCCAGGCAAACUGCAGACCAGGAAGUUUGAGAAUGCAAUGACGAUUGACAGUCAGUCCUGGGGGUACCGCCGAAACACAACCCUGACCCAGUUCCUCACCAUUGAAUCCCUGCUGGAGACAUUUGUCUCCACUGUCAGCUGUGGAGGCAACAUGCUGAUGAAUGUCGGCCCCACCAAAGAUGGACGCAUCAUCCCGCUCUUCCAGGAGCGCCUGAAGCAAAUGGGAGACUGGCUGAAGGUGAACGGGGAGGCCAUCUACUCCACCCGGCCCUGGACGUCACAGAACGACACGCUGACCAGUAGAGUGUGGUACACAUCCAAGAAACAAAAUGGCGGAACCAGUGUCUAUGCUGUUGUCCUUGAUUGGCCAAAAGGUGACACUCUUUCCCUUGGCGACCCGCUCACCUCCCUAGCAACCACUGUUUCCCUUCUCGGUUACCCUGGUAACUUCAACUGGCAGAAGCGGGAACCCAAGGGGAUAGACAUCGAGAUUCCCCCAAUUCCCUUCAACAAGAUUCCAUGUCAGUGGGCCUGGACCUUCAAAUUUACAGGACUUGCAAUUUAACCUUGCCCUUCUUCACAUAGCAUACCAUGUAAUACUUACAGCACAAUGGCAGGGACAUCUUUUCAGUAGCAUUUUCUCAGUUUUGUUCAAGACUUUUGAUAGUGUGAAUGUUGAAGCCAAACAUUCUCUUUGUUUAACUUGAACAUGCUAAACAUACCUUUUGUUAAAAGAGGGGCGGUUGGGUAGCGUAGUGGUUAAAGCGUUCGCUCGUCAUGCCGAAGACCCGGGUACCAAUGUGUGAAGCCCAUUUCUGGUGUCCCCCGCCGUGAUAUUGCUGGAAUAUUGCUAAAAGCGGCGUAAAACCAUACUCACUCACUCAAUUGUUAAAAGAAUUUAUUGUGGUAAGAUUUGUGUUCUUAAACUACAUCAUAGAAGCACUUUUUAAAAUGUUCUCAAAAGAUAUUACCGGUACACAUAAUAAAUAUACUUGGAAGAAAAGUGAAUAGUUUAAAAAACACACUAAAGAAGACUAAACAUGCACAAACUAGCAAUCUUGUAAGUUUCCUAGUUUUUGGUUCUCUGCUGACCUCAUUAAUUGUCACUUUUUAUACCCCCGGGCGUAUGAUGCGGGGGGAUAUAGUCAUCAUCUGGUUUGUCUGUCCAUCCGUCCGUAUUUUGUUUCCGGAACAUAUAUUGAAAACUGAAAAAAAAUUCAUCCAAAUGAUAUACGGGUAUAUAUUAACCUGAGGCUGAAGUGUCUAGUGUAGGGGCCGGGGGAUUUGUCAUCUUCUGAUGACUCUUGUUUGUAAAUUUUCUCGAAAGAUGUUGUACAUGACAAAUGGGAAAGAAAUACUUAAGGAUAUAAAACAAACCUAACAAGAGAAAAUGUAGUACUCAAUGUGACAAAACAGGGACUCUUGUCAGUUGCUUAGAAUAAAAAAUAUGAUUGUUUUCACUGCUGACUUAAAUAUUUAAAAAUCACCAUAAUGUAACUGGAAUUAUAUAUAAGAAAACAUCCUCUCACUUACUCACUCACUCUUCUCUGCAGGCUGCAAUGAAUAAAUCAUUAUUUAGUUUUAUUCAGAUUUGAAAAGAAUAUGAGGCAUAGCCAUAUUUUAAAAAAUUCAGAUUAUUUUAAUCUAAAUGUUCAUGACUCGUAAACUAACUGUUGACAGAUGUGAUUCCGAUGAAGCAGGGAUGUGUGGUAAGACUUCCCUCUUCCCAAGGCAAGAGUGUCCACUAGCCUAUAUCACAGUAUAGUUUCCUGAAAACUAGACUUUGAUGCAGGCUAGUAGAAAUUUCCCGAUGCAAGGGAGUUAACUGACUAUAAAAGUCCAGUUUCCACCCUUUCACCCAGGCUGGAAUUCUGGAGUUAUAUAUUUGGCCGGACUAAGUCCAAUCAAAAUCCUGUAAAAAUCCUGGUGCAAAUUAAAUCAAGUUCCUUAAAUCGAGCCCUGCCUUGUAAUGAGGCGUUCGGAUAUGAAAAUCUGGUAAUUAAUUUAUUUGGGCCUUAAAUAGCUACCUUAUGGGAGAUGUACUUGUUUGAUGGUACUGGUAGUUUGUCGUGCACUAUUUAUCUAAUGUGCCUUAGUUCAAGUGCCACUGUUUGUAUGGCUGUGAUACUGAUAAUUGUCCACUGAUGUGAGCUUGAUGUCUUAUUUAUUUUCCGAUACGAGUAUAUAAUACUCACUGUCAAAAGAAACGCGAACCAUAGAAACAUAUAGAGUCUAGAGAAGUAUGAACAUUAAGAAGAGAUGUUUUUAAUGUGUACCAAAUAAUGACAAAACUAACAAUCAGCCAAGUGUUACCAGUGUCCUUAUUCUUAUCACGAUAUGUGGUGAUUUCCAAACUUUACAUGCUAAUCCUGCGCAAGACAAUUGGUGCAUCUCAAGUCAUGGAUCUAUGACAUCACAUGUGAUGCGUUAAUGAGCAUCGGUUCACACAACAUACCAGUUUGUGCAUUGAACCAAUCUUAUAUCUCUUGAAUAUGAGUAAUUCUUCAUAUUUUAACCAACAAGUAUGGUAUUCGCGUUUCUUUUGUCGGUGAGUAUAUAUAAAUGGAGAUACCCUGAGCAAAGUUUUAAAAUUAUAAAUAUGACUAGGCUACACAAGCUGUAUCUGUAUA